AUGACUUCCAUCCUACUACUGAGUGAGGAAAAUGACUAUGUAGAAAUUCGGAGUGCUAUAGGCGAGAGUAGUAGCAAUAUUUCAGCAAGUCAAAAAAGAGUAAAUGUGCACCUAGUGGGGAUAGAUGCGACUGGACAGGACAUAUGGAGGACUGGUCUGAUGCGUGGGAAUGUCGGGUUGGGAUCGGACAUGCGUCUGACUGUCAGAAAGUGUGUCAGGUUGGGAUCAGACUGUCGGACUCGGGUCAGGGUAGUCGGAACUCAAUGGGCCAUCAAACGCCCCUCCAACACCACCAUCCACCCAGAACGCCAUUCCCUCUGGGCCAAGUUCCUCUACUCAACCGCCCACCGCAGGAUUGUCAUCAAUGGAUGCCAACAAUCAAGGGGCCCCGAGAGCUACUCCUUCUCAACCCCUCCAAGCUGCAAUGCAGCGGCCAGUACCACAAUCCCGCCAACAUCUGGGCCCAAUGCUCCACAUGCCCAAAACCCUCCCCCCGCCCAGCCUGCUGAUGAAAUCGCUGCGCUGAGGGCGAGGAUUGCCGAGCUUGAAUGCGGGAGUGCUCACGGCAACCAACUACUGGCCAGAGCCACCGUUCCUCAUCAAGCUUUGGUAGCGGAUCCCACUGCUGUCAAUCGCAUUCGCGCGAACUUAGCUAGUGCCAAAGACGAGCCUAAGAAGCUCACUUUGCCUGCUCUUCAACCUGGGCACAAAGUGUAUGCUGUGUUCAUUUGUUUGGCACCUGCUUUGUUAGAGUGCCCUGUCACGCUGUUUGCGUCAGACCCCAUUCCUACGAAGGUAGAGGAAGCUUUCAAGCUUUACCACUAUGUGCUAUAUACGGCACUCACACAUGACGGGCUUACUGCCAAAGGCCUUGAUCGCUCGAGCGAGCUAUCAAUUGUGACCGUCGACUGGGUUGGUGCAGCGAAAGCUGCUAAAGAAAGGACUUUGCACUACUGGGGUGCAGAUAGAGCAUCUGCCCUGAUGUCACAUCAUCUUGUUGUCCUCGAUAUUGGCCAAAUGCAUGGCUGCGGGAAUUGGCCCAUGCAAACCACGAGCACAACCUCACAGGACUCGACGUAG